CCCCUGACACGCGGCGCGUCAUCCCUACUGAGACGGCCGCGCUCGAGAGAUGAGGAGAGAACGCCCGGACGAGCGGCGAAGGCAGACGACCUCUUCGACGACGUGGAUCCCGAAACGCUCGCGGCGCUUUUACUGGCGGCGCUCAAUCGCACGCGGGCGCAGAGCAGGAGGGAGGAGGACCACCCGGCGGAGGGGGAGGAGCGGGACAGAGACGGCCGACUGAAGCUGGAGCUGCUGAUGGCCGCCCAGGGGAGGGAAGAGAGGAAGAAAGUCGAGGAGGAGGAGGAGAGGAUGACCGAGAGGGUGAGCAGUCGCACCACGAGCCAGACGGUCCCGGUCCAGACGCAAGCGCCGCCCGAGCAAGGCGGCGCCGAGGAGGAGCAGCUCAACCCGGAGGAGCUUAGGAGUCUGGAGACCGUGAUGAAGGAAUUUCCUCGCUUGGACACGGCCGUGAAGAGAGGCGGGGAUUCGGGGCCAAACCAGAGGGAGAGUCGGGGCUACGGCAGCUUCAAUGACAUCAUCCCAUUCAACAAAGGCAACAAUGUGGCCACGUCCGAGAAGAAACUGAAAUGGAAAGAGGAGACGCAGAAGGCCUUCAACGUUCCAUCAUUCAGAGGGAACAUCAUGGACGACUUCAAAGACACGCCGCUGCCCGAAGACGACGAGGAGGAAGAGGAGGAGGAAGUGUUAAGUCCCGAGGAAGAGGAGGCCCGGGCCAAAGCGGAGCAGGAGGAGAUGAGGAGGCAGGCGGCCGAGGCGCAGCGAGCCAAGCUGGAGGAGGAGAAGUUGGCCGACAUCGCCUCGGAUAUGCUGCUGCGCUACAUGGUCAAACAGAACGGCGGCGGGAAGUACGCGUCGCCGUCUCCCAACGCCGCCGAGGACAAGAGGUCGGAGGAAGACCGGGACCGAGACGACAUCGACCCCCAGACCAUCGACAAGCUGAUCGAGAUCUCCAGCAAGCUCCACCUGCCGGCCGACGACGUGGUGGACAUCAUCAGUGACGCGGAGAAGAAGAAGAAGAAGAAGAAGAAGAAGGACGGCAUCAAUCUCACCAACUGCCGCUAUGACAGUGUGCGUCGUGCUGCUGAGAAGCUCGGCAUUAAAGAGGCAAAGGCAGGUGAAGACUGGACGCUGUUUUGGAGUGACGCCCGUCCUUGUGAGGAUAAAUUUAAGGAAAUGAAACCGUACCAGAAAAUCAACCAUUUGCCCUCAAUGACUGAAAUCUGCCACAAAAAUUCAUUAGCAACUAACUGGAAGCACAUGCUCAAGUUUUUCCCCAAAGACUACAACAUUUUCCCCAGAACUUGGACCUUCCCGAUAGAGUACGGCUUGUUCAAAACGUACGCCAGGGACAAAGACAAGUGUUACAUUUGCAAACCCAACGCAGGCAGCCAAGGCAAAGGCAUCUCCAUCUUUACGUCGUGGGAUAAAGUUCCGCCUGAACACGAUAUGAUCUGUCAGGAAUACAUCGACAAGCCUCUGCUCAUGGACGGCUUCAAGUUCGACAUGCGCAUCUACGUGCUGGUGACCUCGUGUUACCCCUGGAGGAUCUACAUGUACAACGAGGGCCUGGCUCGCUUCUGCACCGUCAAGUACGAAGACCCAACAGAUGAAAAUGUGAAUAACAAGUACAUGCACCUCACCAACUUUACUAUCAACAAGGACAGCGAGAACUUCAUCCAUGAUGAGAAGACGGGCAGCAAACGGAAGCUGUCGACGCUGAAGAAGCAGCUGAGGUCCAGCUACAGGAACAGCGAGAAGAUCUGGAGCAACGUCGAGGACGGCAUCGUAAAGACUCUGGUCUUGGCUCACUCCCGCAUCCAGCACGGCUACAUCACUCUCUUCCCCAAACACGUGGCGGGGAGCGCCUGCUUCCAGAUCCUCGGCUUCGACGUGCUGCUCGACGAGCACUACAGGCCCUGGGUGCUGGAGGUGAAUCACUCCCCAGAUUUUUCCACCGUGCUGCCGCUGGACCGCGACGUCAAGGACGCCUUACUUUAUGACACUCUGGUUCUCAUCAACUUGGCUCCCUUUGAUCGAUGCAGGAUGAUCAAGGAAGAGAAGCGCAAGGUGGAGGAGCGCAUGAAGCAAAACGUGCGCAUAGAGGAGAGGCUGGAGAACGAGCAGCAGCGGCGGGCAAUCAUGGUGGAGGAGACGGAGAGCUACGAAGACGAGCACCUGGGAGGCUUCAAGAGGAUCUACCCCAGCGGGGGAAACGAGAAAUACGACAAGUACUUAAAAGUGGAGGACAGGCUCUACAGGAGCAAGAGCAACGACGCCACUGGACUUUCUGAAAAUGUGCAAUCCAAAUAA